GCUCAUGGAGCUGGCUGCAGGACCAGCCCCAACAGCCCCCUUAUCAGCUUGGAAACUAUUGAUGGCAGGCUCUGGUCUCCAUGUAAGGGCUUGAUCCUUCGUCUGCAAGAAUUUAUUUUAACUGCCACCAUUACUCCCUGAAUUGUGAUUUGGUGCCAUGUCUGAAUGGCAAAAGAGACUUUAUCUACAGUAGCAUUGAGCGUGAUGCUUUACUUCUGAACACCCAAGAAUGCUAACGUUAUUGUAGAUUAUAUUAAGGAAGAAUUCAGUUUGUAUUUUCAGCACUCUUCCCUCCCAAAAUACACUUUCCCUGAUGGUCUCUAUUUUCCUUUCCUCUUCCCAGAGCAGAGAAAAUUUAUUAGGAUUUCCUCUGUGCUCGUGGGACUUGGCUGUUAAAUGGUGGUGGUUGUGUUGGAUUUUGCCUGUCCUGUUAUUCCGUUGCCUUCCCUCCAUCCUGCAAAUGGCUUAUUGCCAAGUCUUAUUCAUCUCUUGAAUUCAUAUUGUUAAUAAAUGUCAUCUGAAAUCUCAAUAUCAGUUCCCCUUCAGGGGAAAGAAUACUUUAUGGAAACAGAGUGCCUUUCAGUUCCAAGCAUGGAGUAAAAUUUCUGCUUGAGCAGAAAUUCUGAGGUUUCCACGAGGGAGGGAGCUCCUCCAUCCUCCGGUGUGCACCAGCUGCUGCAGGCAGGGGCCGGUGCUGCUGUACAGCCUCUGCUCGCUCCCGUGCCUUCAGCUCCGUAAAACCUGCUAAUUUUACCGAGCUAUAAUCAAGCCAGAAACACAUCAGUGAGUAGUACUCCAGAAUAUGUUUUAGACAUGGAAAAGAAAAUGAUGAAAUGAUGAAAAGGGUUUGUCCAUACCCUUUUGUAAAUAAGAAAAAAAAUGUCCCAAGUCAAAGGCACCAGGCUGGUGUCGGAGGUUUUCCCCUUCCAACACCACAGUUCAAAAGGUCUGUCAAAGAAAAUAGGAGUUUCAGACUGAAACCACCUAUGGGCACGUGCGCAGCAUAAGCGUGGGCAAAAUAGAGGGGUAUAAUCUGCUGCCGCCUUCGUGUUAUCUUUAUUAGCAGCCUCAUUUAAUUGGACUUCCUUCAGGUUAGGAUACUGCUGAUGUCAAAAUGCAAUGCCAUCUGCCAAAACAUUUUUGGGAAUUGUUGACAUUUCUGAAAAUGUUCUCUGUGCCGCAGGACAGAGUCCACUUCAAUCUCCUUUCAUAGGUGAUGAGAAGUAGGAUGUUAAUUGUUAAUGUAUCUUACGUUCCCUGUGCAGACUGGCAGGUAGUUCUAAGAGAAUUUUUGUUCUAUUUUUCUGUUUUUUCCAGAAUAGAUUGUAUGAGAUGAGGAGCACUUAGCUUUGGCAGACUCUGAUCUCAGAAGAAGGUUUGUAACUGCAUGCAGAAGAUGCGUGCAAAUUUGUUCCUAACUUGCAUUUAACUUUAUCGCAACUAAGCUCUGAAAUUAAGCAGCUGUGUUGACAAAUGGCUGUGAUCAGUGAGACACAUACUUAUGUAUUAAUUUGUUCACACAGCUAAAGUAACCUGCCGGCACAGAAAUGCAUGCAUGGCUCUGGGAGAGAAGCACAGGAGUGAGGGGUGCUUCUCCUCUUGACUUUGUUGCACUUCAGCGUCUGCUCUGCGCAAAGCAGGUCCUUAGAUACUCGAGUGAGAGAAGUGGAAUGGGAAAAUGGUGUUGCCAGGCCAGACUUAGCAGGUGCCUGCACCUGCAGAGAAGGAAAUAGGAAAGGCAACCUUUGAAAAAUCUGAUUCAGCUUAUAUCUUGUCUUGCUGAUCAGUUGGGUUUUUGAUGUUAGUUUCCUUUUUGAUGUUAGUUUCCUUUUUUUCAGUGUCUUCAUCUGAGUUUUGGUUAUUUUCUUGUUUUACCAUCCCCCCCCCCGAGACAACUGAUGUCAUUGUCCAGAACAAAAGGAAAUUAAAACCACAUGUUUGAAAUUAUUGUAAAGUUUUUAGUCUCUGAGAAAUGACUGAUCUUUCAAAAUUGUCAGCAGUUUCAAAUUUAUGUACGUUAUAAAUAUAUUUGCUGUUACUUGUGCAGUGUUAAAAGGCUAAUCAGCAGUGUGAGGAACAGAAGAGCUUUUAAGCACGGGAUCUUGAAAUAGUGUGGAAUUAGUUCUACAUUUAUAUGUAUUUACAAAAUAUUGUGGCACAGAAUCUUUUCCUGUUUUCAUACAGCUUUGUUUUGCAAGAGUCCUCCAGACAGGUGUUCCUAUGCAUUGGCGUAAACGUUUUAAACUGCAGAUCCAAGUUCUACAAAGCGACAGAGUUGUGCUGCAAGUAUUAUUUGCUUUAUUUCUUGUUUCCUUUUUCUUCAGUAAGUGGUGCUUUGCAGUCUGACUCUUUGUUGGUGUCACUGAAUAAGAUGAUGUUGAUGCAUUCCCAGAAAACAGUAAACUUUCAUUUUACCUUUUGUGGGACAAAGAGGAUUCCUUAAAAUUUGAGUCUGGCUUUCUGAAUUUUAAAGGGUAUUGUAUUUGUUGCUAGCUAAGAGGACUUUUGGCUGUUUUAUGGCUUCUCAAACACUGCUGAGUUCUGCAGACUUAAUGCUUCCCCCUCAGUUCUCCACAUCAACUGAGAAACAGUCCCAGCUCACGUUUGCCUGCAGAAAACCUUGGUGUUGACUGGAGGGUGGGUUUCGAUGCUUUUUAUUCCUCCUCUGAGUUUUCUGUUUCUUCUUUUAAUUUCUUUUGUCUGUUAGUGUCCAGAUUUAUGGCCAGCAUUUGUUAGUGCACGGAGCUGAGGUGCUGGGUGAGCUGUCUGUGUCCCAAGCCUUUUCCUCCACAGAACGGGAGGUGGCAAGAUGUGCCGGUGUUCACAGCUCCACAACCCAUCAGCACCUUUCCCAGCUGGGUUUGAAAGGUACAAGGGCUGCACGCAGAUAGCGAGGUGCCUCUGGGCAAGGAGUGGAUGAAUGAAGGCUGCUGGUGGUUAAUGGUUGACACGGGACAGAUGGGUUGCAAGGCUGUUAUAGGCACCAAAACCCUGUUGGAUUGAAAGGUAUCUAUCUAAAAAUCAUAUGCUCAAUUUCUUGCAAACUGUAGGCACUUUGUUGUUAGUUGGGAUGGAAAAUCAUUUAGCUGAUGCUGCUUCUGGGAGCACUGUAUCAUUUCUGCCGGUCCCUGAAGAAAGUUCAGGUUUUGCCAUGACACUGUUUCAAAUGGGACCAGGUGAUGCAGAAAAGAUCUUCUCGAGAAGUCAUCAUCAGCACCAAAACAGUCACAUUUUUAGUAAUCUUGAAAUAUGUGGGAGCACUAAGCUAAGGUACCCGCUCAGUCUCGCCAUCCUUUCAGCACACAUUAACAAAAGAAACUAAUACUAGGCAAUGUCUAAUCAAAACAUUACCAGGAGCUGCCAUUUGGCAGCACCACGAGGUGGUACCUGGCAACAUCAAUCCUCAAAGAGCAGUCAAUAAAGUCCUGUCAGUGAUGUGAGCGUCUGAGCGCUCGGCUUUGGGGAGGGCUGCUUCCCUCCCGGCUGCUGAUGGGGAGCCGGCGGCAGGGUGCAUGGGGCUGGGGUGUCAUGCCCAGAUGCAAGGCGCCGGACGGCUGUGCCCUGGGAGGCUCCUCCAGGUUUAGAUGGUGCCUUUCAGCGGGGCUGCAGCUCUUUCCGCUGCCUCCUUUGGAAAACGGGGGACGGACGUCUCAAUGUUUUCUUGCUCUCCCUUUGGCUUGCUAGCUGCUGAAAAAGUUGCCUGGGAAGACAGGCGUGCGUGUCUGCAUAGCAGGCGAUUCCAAGAGGAGGGUCUCCAGUAACGAAGCGUGGUGUCUGCUCAGCUAGGUGAGAGCUGGGCAGGUUUGUUAUGACAUAACUCUUUGGGGAGGGGGGGGGGGGGGGCUGUGGCAGAGGGGCGGGGGGGAAGAGAGCGAGCGAGCAGCGGAGCCCGCAGCACCCCGGCAGCGGGAUCACAGCGGAGCUGCAGCUCGGGGUCGGGUACCACCGCUCCGCGCUGCCGCUCGGAGCAUCCUGGAUCCGGCUCGAAGGGGAGAGCGCGCGGGCAGCGGCGAUCAUGGCAACGUCAGAUGGGUUUAUUUCUUCAUGACCUCUCUCUUCUCUCGCUCAUCAAUAAUUCACCUGAGGGCUUUCCCCCCCCACACACACCCUCCGCCUCCUCCUCGCUCUCUUUUUUGAUGCGGAGAGAGGGGAGAAAAGGGGGCAUCGGGGAGUGUGUGCGGUGCCGGGCAGCUUUUUGCGGCGUGGUUUAAAAGCUCGCGGAAGGACGCGGGGUAAAAGCACGACAGGAAAAACAAACCGGCACCGAGCGGCGAGGGGGGGGUGGGGGGUGGGGGGGGGCGGCGCGGGGGGGCGGCUGCCCGCAGGACCCCCGACUUCGGGCGCCGCGUUACCGGGCGGCGCGGGCGUGCGCGCGGGGGUGUGCGCGCCCGUGUGCGGAGCGGCUGCGGCUGCUGCCGGCGCUGCCUCCCGCUGCGGCGCGGCGCGGUGGCCGGAGCGGGGCGCGGAGCGGCGGCGCGGGCGGCCGCGGGUGCGGACCAUGGGCUGGCGGCUGCUGCCCGCCGUGCUGCUGGCCCUGGCGCUGGGCGGCCCCGCGGCGUGGGCGCAGAACGACACGGAGCCCAUCGUCCUGGAGGGCAAGUGCCUGGUGGUCUGCGACUCCAACCCGGCCACCGACGCCAAGGGCUCGUCCUCCUCCCCCCUGGGCAUCUCCGUGCGGGCGGCCAACUCCAAGGUCGCCUUCUCGGCCGUGAGGAGCACCAACCACGAGCCCUCCGAGAUGAGCAACAAGACGCGCAUCAUCUACUUCGACCAGAUCCUAGUAAAUGUGGGCAAUUUUUUCACAUUGGAGUCUGUCUUUGUAGCACCAAGGAAAGGAAUUUACAGUUUCAGUUUCCACGUAAUUAAAGUCUAUCAGAGUCAAACAAUUCAGGUUAAUUUGAUGCUAAAUGGAAAGCCAGUCAUUUCUGCUUUUGCUGGGGACAAGGAUGUCACACGUGAGGCUGCCACUAAUGGAGUCCUACUCUAUCUAGACAAGGAGGAUAAGGUUUACCUGAAAUUGGAGAAAGGUAAUCUGGUCGGUGGAUGGCAGUAUUCUACGUUUUCUGGCUUUCUGGUCUUUCCCCUGUAAAGUCAAUUUUCCUGUGACAUUCAUCCAGGUGUGGACUCAUCAUUGCCUCUGUUACAUGAAGAUCAUUUUAUCAUCAUGGGAUUGAUGUUUCUUGAUUGGUUUUUCAUGGGUGAAUAUGGAUUCUCUUUAUGGAUUUUGGCCCCAUCUGAACUACUCAGAAGUUUCACAGAAUUUUGUGUGUUUAAAUACAAUAAAUUUGGAUUGAGACUAAAGCAGACGAUAGAUAUCUAUGCUUAAUGUUAUGGUCUAAAGCUGCCCGCAAGAUUUAUUCCGAUUUCAUUUGCUGGACUUACUGGAUUCAUGGGAGAAAUGGAUUUUCUUUAAUUGUGGAAAGACUGGCAACCAGGUCUAUGAUUUAGGAGAGUUUGAGUUCAGACUUCAAUCAAGAGUUAGUGUGUUGCUGCCAAAGAACUGUAUAUUGAUAUAUUGGUCAUACAUGUUUUUGUCAUUGGGACUUAACUGACAUGAUCUGUUCCAUUGUCUUGAGAAAGGUAAUUAUUAUUGAUAAGUGGUUGACUUUAAUUCUCCUCUGCGUGUAGUGUGUUGGAUGGUUCACCCAUAUAUUUAUGCUCUGUCACCAGUCACAAUCAAGUCUAGCCUACGUAAAGCUAAGAGGUUAUGAUUGUAUUUUAGUUGGAUAUGUAAGGUAUUCCUCUUUUCCACGUGCUGUUUUCUAAAAAGGAGAGCAGAUUAUAACCGUUAGGAAAAAUAUUCUUACCAGGGUUAAAGGUGAUCAUUCAGGUGCAACUUUGUGAAACAGAUUUGCCCUGCAGGAAAUCUCACACUCGUUCUUCAAUUUUAAUUAACAUGAUUGAUAAUAACUGCUUUAUUAAAACCUAAGGGAUUCCUUCCUUAGACACAACCACUUUAUUAGCUGGAGAUGAGAUCCCCUUGUUUGUAAUUACGUCUAUUUUUCAAACCUUCUGUUGUGUUAAAGGUAUCAUCUGGUUUUGCCUUAACUUCACAACUGUAUAUAAUUUUAGAUCUUAUGUUUAAAACAAAUAUUAAAUCCAAAUAGCUGGUACCUAACUUGGUGCAAUAUCUACAUUUUUUUUGUACAGGUCAUAUGAAUUCAUAAACUUAUUUAUUAUAUCAUUGUUACACAAUAAAGAUUAAUAUAUGUUAGCUG